AUGGUAGACAAGAAGAACAUUCAGGGAGACACGUGGCCUCGUCUGCCUAAGAAGGCCGAAAGGUUUAUCUUCUUUCGAAUUACAAACGCGGAAGAGUUCAAGAAUGCGCUCCCUAAGAUAGUCGGUUUUAUUACCACCGCGUAUACGGCUGAAAUGAACCGGAAAAAUAUCUACAAGCAGAAAGCCGAUGGUACUCUCAAAGGUCUCGUUAGCCUCGUUUCGCUAAAUAUUGCUUUCUCUGCCAAUGGCCUAGCUAAGCUUGGGGCGGAAAAAUUUGACGACGAUAUCUUUAACGGUGGUCAAUUUAAAGACAUGACUGCCCCUUCGGAGGGCGAAUCAGAUGCAGACCACCAAGGCCUCGAUCCUCAAGAAGAUUGGGUCAAUGAAUUCAAACCCAACGGUGGUGGCAUCGACGGUUGUCUCACUGUGGCUGGUGACAGUAUCGAGAGUAUUGAGAAAAUGGUCAAGAAGUCAUUUGAUUGGGUGUUCAACGUCGGAAAUGACAAGCAGAGCAUUGAGAUAGUCUAUACCAAAGAUGGCCAAGUCUAUAAGGAACACCUCGAACAUUUUGGCUGGGUGGAUGGUAUUAGCCAGCCUAUUGUUAAAGGAUUGGACCCUACUGAGGCAGAUGAUGGUAAAGGAAUGACACCAAUUGAUCCUGGCAUCAUUUUCGUCGGAAACGAGGGUGACGACAGCAAGCAUCCUGCAUGGGCCAAGGACGGUAGCUUCAUGGUCUUCCGUAUCUACGAACAGCUGGUCCCUGAAUUCUACCGUUGGGCUGCUAUCAAUUGCUCUAUUCCUAUGGCAGAGAUAAUCAAGUCCAUGCAAGAAACAGGGAAACCACCGCAAGGCUUCACUCCUGAUGCUAUGAAUCAAUUGGCUCUGUUUUCCUCACGACUAGUGGGACGUUGGCCUAAUGGUGCUCCAAUGGAGCUUCAUCCUCAGGAGGACCCUAACUGGUCUAAAUUCGAGAAGAAGUUCCAAGAAGCCGAUUUAAAGACCAUGAAUUACACGGAUGCCUUCAAUUAUCGCCCUACUGACCAGAUCAAGUGUCCUUACGUAUCUCACAUGCGCAAGACUGGCCCUCGGGAUGACUACCCCGGUUACGCCAAACAUGUAAUCAUGCGUCGAGGAAUUCCUUAUGGAGAUGAGUGCGAGUUACCGGAGAAGAAUUCUGGCAUUACACAGAAAGAGCGUGGUCUGCUUUUUGUCUGUUACCAGAGCAGCAUUGAGAAUGGGUUUGUAACCCAGCAGAAACGCUGGGCCAAUGCUUCUGAUAGCCCAACGGACAUGGCUAAGCACAGCGGAGGAACCAGCCAGGGUAUUGAUCCUCUUAUCGGCCAAAUUCAUCCAAGCCGACAUGCAAAGCCUACUGAUGGUCAACGGAUCAACCCCAAGUAUCAAGAUCCUCCCGUAAUUCCCUUCCCCGAUUCUGAUCUGGAGAAACCCGCUCCCCAAGUCUACGAGAAAAGUCUUACGCUGGAAAGAUUUGUUGUUCCGCAUGGUGGGGAAUACUUCUUUACUCCUUCAAUUUCAGCGUUGAGAGAUUAUUUGCCCAGGGCAUAG